AUUAAUCAAGCAAUGAAUUGGGAAUUACGCAAUCCUCCGCGUGCACCCUACAAUUGCCGUUGAGGGGAGCGGACCAACUGUCUCCGUCCGCAAACAAACCUCCCCUCUCUUCUUCUUCCAUCGGAUCUCAGAUACCAAAUCCUUCCUUUUCUUCAUUCUUCAAAGAGUAAGAACACAGAUUCAGAGCAAAUGGAUGUGCCUAGCUCAUGGGACGCUUUACGCAAACAGGCUAUGCAUGCAGGCAAGGAAACUUGAAGCUCAGUUGGAUGAGCAGAUGAAUUCAUACCGUAAACUGGUUUCUGCAAAGGCUUCUACAAAAGUUGAUGCUGCGGAGAAUGAUCUUGAAUCUGGGUUAGACCGACUACUAAAGCAGCUCCAACAAGUGAAUUCACAGAUGCAAGCUUGGGUGUCAUCUGGAGGAUCAGAAAUGGUUUCUCAUACCUUGAUCCGGCAUCAAGAAAUUCUUCAAGAUCUUACUCAGGAGUUUCAUCGACUCCGUGCCAGCCUCAGAGCUAAGCAAGAACACGCUUCACUCCUUGAGGAUUUUAGGGAGUUUGAUCGAACUAGAUUAGACUUGGAAGGUGGUGUAGGCUCUACAGAGCAAGCUCUUCUUAAAGAGCAUGCAUCCAUUAGCCGAAGUACAGGACAGACGGAUAAUGUGAUUUCACAAGCUCAAGCAACUCUUGGUGCACUUGUUCUUCAACGUUCAACUUUUGGGGGAAUCAAUUCAAAGCUCAGCAAUGUUAGCAGCCGCCUUCCAACGGUAAAUCACAUCCUUGCUGCAAUAAAGAGGAAAAAGUCAAUGGAUACCAUAAUACUUUCCCUGGUUGCAUCAGUGUGCACUUUUCUUAUCUUUAUUUAUUGGUUGACAAAGUAAGAAUGUCAUGUUGUGUUCCUAGAGGGUGCCUGUGGUGACACAACCCUAUCCUUGACUUUUGACGUUCUUUCUUUGAUUAAAGAGGGUUGUGGGUUUUGUCAAGUCCACAGUGAUAUCAUUGGUGGAUAAUACGUCGUAUUUUCAUCUUCAUAAUAGUAAUGAUAUGCCUUGUAAAUGUCAACACAAAAUUUGUUUGGACAAGAUGGUUAAUAGGAGGCUGAAACUGAGGCAUCAAAGGGAUUACUCUUAAACUCUGUAGUGGCCUUGGAUUAGCCUGGGAUAUCAAAUAAGCUGUAAUUUGUGAUGCAAUUCAUGAAAGGUGCAUAUGGUUCAAAUUCGUAACAA